CUAUUUUAAUUUUGUUGGUUUAUGAUAGUUGAUAUGUUGUAAUAUGAUAUGUAUCAUGAUAUUGUUAUAUAACCAAUUAAAAAUACACACAAACUUGUUGGAUGUGAUGAUGUUAUAUGUUGUCGGUGUUCAACUACUUUUUUAAAAAGUUUGUCUUUGACCUACAAAUCAAAAUAAAAGUCAUUUUUCUUACAGUAAGUGUUUUUGAAUAAUUUUUUUUCCUAUCUUAUAUAUUGCUUUAAUACUUAAAAAAUAUCCAUAUUAUAUUACCUUUGAAGUUUUUAGUAUUUAUACAUUAUAAGUACUUGACUUUGGCAACAUCAUCUCUAUUCAGUUUGCACUGGGAGUAUCAUUAGGUCUACUUUUUGCCAUCAAAUUUCUAGAGCUUGAGUCAAGGGUGUUGUAAACGAGAUCUUAGAUAAGUUUUAAUGUCAAAUCUUAAUGGAUCAUGGAGUAGCCUAGUUUCUUUGAAACGCCCAGUGUAUAGUAUCUCUUUUCUAAUAUGAUUUACAAGCUAUUUAUGAAGAUCGAAAAUGAUUCAUUUGCAAAUGGUGUGAUAGGAUAGGUACAUGCAACAUCAACUUACCUUGCUAGAUCUGAAUGAGAAUGAAUAGUUCGGAAUCUGAUGGUCCAGUACUUCCUAAGUGUCACCAGCCGAAGCAACCAAAAAAGUCAGCAAAACCGUCCUCGUGGAUGUAAAGUACCCAAGUUGCCCUCAUCUGGUUGCGGCUUCAAUCUUCGCCAUGUAAAAUCCGCUCCUUCUUUUCCCCCACCAUUUCAUAAUUUCCAAAUCUGCACAGGCAUGUUCGCUUAAUCGCCUAAAAUUCAACCUUCAUGAGCAAGAGCGGGAGUAAGAGCUAAACCCCUCCACAUAUUUCCCCUUUCAUCAUAGAGCACCCGCAUCCACCUACUUCCGUUCGAGGAUAGAGGUUGCAAAGACCGAAGACUCUCUCUCUGUGUCUCUGUCUGCUGGGCAGAGUUCAUCAGGCAAAAGUCUGUCAGCAGCCAACGGCUGGAGGCCAGGGUAUCCGUGCCACCUCUGAGAACAAUUGGCGAAUUACCGGGAGAAAGAAAUUUUGCCUCCGAGGGACGGGAGGGGAAGGGAAGGGAAGGAAUUUAGAAGGAUGCGUGUCGAAAGGAAGUGAGAAAGAUCUACCGCAUCGCCUGCCGCUGCGUACAGCGGGGAUCUGCGAAGUGUGUAGUGUAUCGUACAAUCCAUGGAGGUCGGAUUGAUGAUUCGUCGCUGUCCUUGAAGCCUGAACUGGUUCUGUCGGACCGCUUCGGCGCGGACGAGAGAGCUCGGGGAGCGGUGUUUUCGAACGAUCGCAGAGUCAGUUGCUUCUGCCUCUCUCGAUUUGGUUUUGUGCUAUUUUCAGCGGCUUGAAUUGUUGAUUGGCUCGUCAAGGUUUGGGGCUGGAGAUAUUGAUGCCUGUAAAUAUGUGCCUCUCGGGGGUUUCGGUUUAAUUUAAGGUCGAGCCGUACGUCGGUGGUUCCUGUCAAAUGGAUGUUACAGCUGGGGUGACGUCGUGGUCCCGUGUUUCUGAGUCACAUGCGCGAGUAAAGGUGCAGUUCCAUGCUCAAUUUUGCGAAAAUUGGAGCUAGCUAGCUACACAUGCAGGCAAGGGAGAAAUACCGAACUGCCGCCGCCGCUGCAGCAGCGUCGUAGGGGAUAGGUGGUUGGUCGUGUGGACUUCUCUGUCAGAGACGUUUCCUUCUGUGAAAGCGCAGUCUCCAUGGACCUUGACAGGCUCGAAAGCAACUUGUAUGGUAAUCACAGCUCGUUGACCGUCUGUUUGCUUCGAGAAUCUGUCACGUCACUCUCCGUCAGUCCUAUCACCGGAGCCCAGCCGAUUCGACAUGCGAUCAUCCCUCUAGAAGCCUUCCCGAUUCCUGUUCCUCCGCUCUGUUUCUCUUGCCUUCCCUCCCUCUGCUCGCCUCAAGCAUGCUGCCGGUUUCUCGGCGAGGUGAGAGGAGUCCAAUUAGGUGCGUGGUGGAGCAGCUCGGCUGGUCCGAGAGUGUGAAUUGAUUGCAGUAGGAGCUAAAGAGCGUCAAUUUCUUGGCCGUGGAGGGAGAAGGAAGGAAGGAAGGAAGAAAAUCCUGGACUCUUGAUUGAUUCCGUUUUGUGAAGCUAGCGCGGAAGAUUUUCCGCGUGUUGGGGUUGUUGGGAGAGCAAGAAGUCGGUCCCUGGUGCCAAGCAAUCCUUUGAUUUCUGUUCUGCACUCUGAUGAAUCAUUCUUGCGUGAAGCUGUCUUCAAUCUUGUGCAGAAGGAUGGAAAGUCCUGCGUCCUCACUUCGUCACCCGAGCUGGUCUAUCCGCUCCUAGCUAUUGAGAGGGCGAUCUCCUCUAGGUCGGAGCUGUGGCUCUUCUAAAGACCCCACUCUUACUCCCUGGUCUCCAAUUCUAGCAGCGCAUGCAGGCAGGAAAAGCUCGCGAGCUGCUUCGCAGUCGCAAAAAUUCCCGGUCGAGACCGAGGCACAUGGGAGACGACAAUCCGGUCGACAUCCAGAGCAUAGAGUGCCGUCAAAUCGAGAGAUUUAGGGAAAUCAGAAACUCUCAAAUUCGUCGGUGGAACUGGUGUCUCGAGGAAGAGAAAUUCCUCGUGACUCGGUAGACGUCUGCAGGCACCGGGGGUCAGAGCAGGCGGGGGCAAAGACGACUCCAAGUCGUGCAACUGCACGGCGCCUCUGACUCGGUUGGCCCUCGCAGUCCAGCUCUCGACCGCCGGAGCUGGUGUUACGUGGUCCCCGUGGCCCAAUUAGUGUGAUCGCGCCUCUGGAAGGCGUGUCUCCGGAACGGAGGGAAGUCCCUCGGCUCGAGCGGUUUGUAACGCUUCGCAGCUUGAUUGCACGUGUCGUGCUGGGCGUAUCCCAAUUAGGCACAGGCUCUGCCGAGUUUCCGACAUGUGUCCCCGCAGAGGCACCGCGGGAUGGCCUCGCGGUGUGCCCCCCUGCGGAAUGUCUCGUCUUCGAGCAAGAGAAAGCGAAUCGUUUGGGAUUUCCGGGGGCAGCAAUCGCGAAUUGCAGCGCUAUAUUUUCUCUCUUCUUCCGGUCAAGCGAAGAGACCUCCGGAAAAUUCCGGGCGGUGCAAUCCGAAGGGCACGAGGGCGUGACUUGAGUUGCACUGCGCGUUGCCACGGCCCACAAUUGGGCAGCUUUUGCUGAGGACGAGUCUUUCUGAAGAAGGUCGGUCUCAGAAAUUCUAACUGGACGGGAUUCGGGCUUUCCCUGGAGGCCGUCUGUUUUUUCUCGCGAAUGUUUCUCUUCGCGUAGUGCUGACCGUCCGACAAACUGUCAGGACGAUUCUGGGCGAUGGGUUUAAAGAACGUUGAGUGAGGCUUUUCUCCUGGAUGUUGUACGAGGGUUUUCCUACUUGCAUUGGUGCCAAAAUGUGCUGGAUCAAGUGUGCUAUAUCAAGGUGCUCGUUUCUGCACUCGCCUGUUUCUCAGCCUGCACAAGACAUGAUUCCGCAGAACGAGAACGAUGUUCCCGAGGCUCUGGUUUUGACGGAGCUGUCCUGGCUCCACCGCAUGCAGCAAAAGCUGGAGACUUUAUGCGAAACAGAUGCGGGGAGGAAUUCUUCUGAGGUAUUACAGGAAACGAGCACCUUCCUCGAGAAUCAGUUCAGCACGCUGGGAACGAACGUACGAAAGUUCUGUGCAGAGUUCGUGCAGGAGUUGCUGCUACCUUCAGAUUCUGAUGACAAAUGCGAGGUCUCUCGAACCGAAAGCCCGCAAAACGAAGCAGCAUCUACGAACAGCGCUGGAGCGGAGAAGUCAUUGAAGCUUAUCGAUUCGCCCGUCUUUCACCUCGAGGGGCCGAGCGCUGCUGUCAUGCCUGUGAUCGCCACAAAAAAGCCGGUGCAAUCUCUGCAGGCUCCAACUCAAAGUCAAAAUAAAGAGGAAGAAAAUCUUGACGAGCAACUAACUUCUCCCCUGAUUGAGGCUCCAAACUGUUCUUCCUCCCAAAAUUCAUAUGCGGACUCUACGGUUUAUGAGCAUUCUGAGGUCGACUUGAGUUCUUCCUCAAAGGCCAAGGAGGAGGAAGGAGAAGAAUAUGCACUAUGGUUUGUGAGCGAGGAGUACCGAAAAAUGAGAUUAGGAAAGUCAUCGUCCACAUCGUCCGUAGAGAGCUGGGAUGGCCAUCAAAGGGUUGGAAGCAGUGACAGUCUGCUGGAUUGGGAGCUGGUUUAGCAGCUGCGAACGAGCUAUGUCCUGGAUACCGCAAUUUCACCCCGGCCCGCUUACAAUUAUCGACCUAUAUAUCCUCGCAGAAGCCUCCAGGUCAGAGACAAGUUGUCUCAAGGAACUGGGGUUUUUCACGGGUUUUUCACAAUCCGUCAAAUCUCUCCUUCGGAAGUGGACUCAUCAAGCUAGUACCUUACAUGCGUCCUCGAGGAGGUCGCAGCAGCCGUGCCCACUGCCUGGCUUUGGUUCCUUCCAACGCCUCCGAGUUCUAACAUCGAAGAAGAGUCCACAGCAGAAUGCAAGUUCUGGAACGAUGGCUAAGAUGUUCGUACUCUUUUCAGGAAGCGAGCUCUGUACAGGCCUCUUUUUGUCACGGUAGAUCGACAACAGCUACAGCCACUCGAGGAAUGCGAGCCUUACCACAUCGACAUUCACCGGAUGUCUCCAACCGAUUCUGUAGAACUGAAGUUAGAGUUACUCCUUGUCUCUUUCGACUGACGUCGAAUCUCACUCAGCGGUGAGUGAAAAUAAUUUUGUCACCCCUCUUACACCCUUUUAAAGGAUCAAUGCAAUAAAACUAAGUUCAUACCUGU